GUAGCAGAAAUGGAUAACGUUUUCGUGUUUUUGGCGGUGUUGGGCGCGGUGAAGUCGUCUCCUGUGAUUGGACCCGAGCCGAUUCGAUGUGCGCCGUGUUCUCAGGAGAAGCUGAGCCAGUGCCCGGUGGUGCCAGCCGGGUGCGGGCAGGUGCUGAGGGAGCCCGGGUGUGGUUGCUGUAUGGCCUGUGCUCUGGAGAGGGGGGCGUCCUGCGGGGUCCACACUGCCCCCUGUGGAGAGGGGCUGCGCUGCACACCCAGACCGGGGGAGUCGAGGCCCCUGCACGCGCUCACCAGAGGACAGGGCGUCUGCACCCAGGACCUGGAACAAGACGCGGCGGACGUGGUCGACCAUGAGUCCCUGCAGUACCGCCUGGGUCUGAACCUCCCCCUGGACCAGCCGGACACCGCGGAGGGUCAAGAGAGCAUCAAGGCCAAGGUCAACGCCAUCCGCAACAAGCUCCAGCAGCAGGGCCCGUGUCACUCUGAGCUUCACACUGCGCUGGACACGAUCGCAAACUCCCAGCAGACACUAGGGGAGAAGUUCACCAACUUCUACCUGCCAAACUGCGACAAACACGGGUUCUACAAGUCCAAACAGUGCGAGUCGUCUCUGGUUGGCCCCCCGCCGCGCUGCUGGUGCGUCUCCUCCUGGAACGGGAAGAGGAUCCCGGGUUCGGCCGACCUCCUCGGAGACUCGGAAUGCCAACAGGAAAUCACUGUUCUUUAGAUCGACGCCGCUGAACCCGAUCACCCGCGCGUCCCUUUAUGAUCCGUGUACACGAUUAUUUAUUCACUUGUAUAUUACCAGCAUCCGCCAUUUGUCGUUUUUAGAUUUGUUUUAUAUGUUUAUCUAUUUUUUAACAUUGUAAAUAGGGCGACACUGUAUACGUUUGUGUUUCCGUCUAAAUAACUCCAUCGCUCAAAAACCGCAGGUCGGCGCCUCUUGCCAAGCCCAGUUCAGAACGUCCAGGAUACGUUUUUUUUUUUUUUUUUCCUCUUUUUUUCCACGUGUAUUCAUUCAUUCAUUCGCGAAACAACACAGCUGCUCUUUCAUUCAAGCUGUUGACAUUGUCUGAAUGUAUCUCCAUCGGCGUUUCCUCAACGGCUACGGGGGGAAAUGGUUAAAAGGCCGCAGGUAUGUGUGCAGCGGCCCGCACAAACAUAUCAGAGCUCAUCCAAACCGCGCUGAGGUCUGCCACGAGCUGCAUUUGUCUACCUCCACUCACCUCCGCUCCUCCGCC